AUGGAUCAACUCCCAUUCGCCCCCUCACAGGGGGAGACCACCGAGUUCAACCUAACGAGUCAGAAUGGGACUUCCAGGCCCAACACGCUGGAAGCCCACAAUUCACAGGUGGAUACUGGGAGGAUAUCUGUGGAUCCUGGGAUGAUCCUGAUACCCCCUUCGCCACCAAUGUCGAACAGUUCUACACUGACGAGUACAACUGACUCAUCAACAUACGAACUCUGGAGGGGUGCAAUAGAAGCGCUGCCAAAGGAACAGAGUGGCAAAGAACCACCUUCGAAGGAAUCGACAACUCUUUCCUCACUGCCCAGGGAGUUGAUCAAGAAGGUGGACAAACCACAGUUGAAAGAACAGACGCAGGAGGACAUCGAAGAGAUGAAUCUCCGGAGUCAUUUGGAAAGGCCGGACCCAUGCUCCAUGCCUCAGAGCUCGGCGGGGAAAUCUACUCCCCCACUGGAACUCCAAGAGAGGCAUGGGGAGUCCACAUUGAGUCAGGAGAUCGUUUACCAGACUCAUACCUCAAGGGAGAUGUCUCCAUUUGGAGCCCAGACACCGGCUCCUCCUAUGAGACAGAAGUCAUCUGGCUUGAAUCCGAAGUCACCUCCAAGAGAUCCACUUGCCUCUGUAGCCGGGUAUAUCAGUGGUAUCACCAAGUCACUCUACAACUCGCACGAAGAAUCCAUCAAUUGGCCAGGAAAGAAAGAGGAGUGGCCGAGGAAAAAGGGGUACUGGAUUGGGGAUCGCUCUUUCCAGAGGAUUUCUGGAUCACCCCUGAAGAGGGAUCCUGGGACCUACCCCCCAUGCACUCCGACUCAACCGCCAACAACACCUGGCACUCAGUUGCUGGGGAUGGCUGGGAAUCCCCCUGGCCAGACACCUCGUACGAGGCCAUAUGGCCCAAUCCCAUGGCUAGAACGGCCAUCAACGAAGACUUAUGGGACUCACUUUCUACCCCCAUAUUCCUGGGAAGGGAAUACUGUACAAUCCUGGAAGAAGAAGAAGGAAGUGAAGUUAGUGGUAUCUCCGCCGACACCUCCUCUGACACAGACGAAACCGUCCAUGUCUUUGGUGUUGAAUUUCAGCACUAAAGACAUGUUAGCCACUAACUCUUAUCGACUUAGAUCAACCAAGGAUCGCCACUCGCACUUCGGUGGACGAUACACUCAGAGGUCAAAGGCGAUGGAAUGGAGUCAGGAGCGAACUUAG